AUGAGUACUUUCUCCGAAGGUCAAUCAAGUAAGAAGCAGAAGCAUGAGCAGUCAGGGUUCAGGGGACAGCAGCCAGUUAGAUCUGCACCCACAGCUUCAGUGUCCAUGGGGUCUUCUAGACCGAAUGUUACUUGUUUCAGAUGCGGGCAGUUGGGACAUUACAAGUCCCAAUGCACUCAGACACAGGUAGCUCGGAUGAUUUGUUUCAAGUGUGGGCAGCCAGGGCAUCACAAGUCCCAAUGUACUCAGAUUCAGGUGGCGUCUGGUGGAUGUUUCGGGUGUAGCCAGCAGGGCCAUAGGGUGAAAGAUUGUCCACAGCGGGGCAGUGGUUUGGGCAGAGGUGGAGGUUCACAGCAGAAGCAGAUGCAGUCUGCCACAGUUCAGUCAGGGUUUCGACCACCACCACCACCUCAGCCGUCUCAGCCAGCUAUGUCAGCCCAGAGUUCUCGACCUAGUAGGGGAGCUUCUUCAAGUGCACCUACUCAGCAGUCUGGCUAUCAGGCAGGUAGUUCCCAGGGGCAGAAGACCCAGGGUCGCGUGUUUGUACUCACUCCAGUCGAGUCACCAUCCAGUCCUUCAGUUGCAUUGGGUUUAGAGGUUAGUCAGUUAGACAGACCGCUUUGUGUUGACACGCCUAUUGAGGGUUCAGUUGCUCUUAGUAGAGUUUGUAGGAGUUGUUCCAUCACAAUUGCCGGACAUGUUCUUGAGUUCGAUCUCAUCCUUCUCGAGAUGACAGGAUUUGAUGUCAUUCUUGGGAUGGACUGGUUAUCAUCCUUCAGAGCUGUCAUUGAUUGUUUCAGGGGCAGAGUUUCAGUGUGUACCCCGGAUGGGGAUUGUUUCUAUUUUGUGGGAGAUCGGUGUGAUCCUCUCACUUAUUCAUUUUAUGGUGUUAGGGGUCGAGAUCGGCAGACAUUCUUCUUGGUUAGUCUUUUCGCUGAUGAUGACGUUGAGUUUUAUGGGGUUGAUUAUCCAGCAGUUGUGCGUGAUUUUCUGGAUGUGUUUCCGGAGGACUUGACUGAAUUGCCUCCAUACCGAGAGGUGAAAUUUGCUAUUGAUUUUAUGCCUGGUACCGCACCAUUCUCUAUGGCACCGUAUUGUAUGGCACCGAUUGAAUUAGAAGAAUUGAAAAAGUAA